CUUGGUUAGUCCUUCCUACGGUUUAUGAAUGCUAACAUUGCAAAACCUAGACAUCAUUAUGUUCAAAUUGCUUGUGUGGAUGAAUUUUUAGACAAAGUAUUUUUAGUGGUUAAUCCGAAAGUAACAUGAUCCGACUCACAUUACUCACACUUUUUGUUGGUCUAGCCUUGUCAUACCCUGAGGGCAGGAUGGGCAAUGACUUCUGCAAGCAAAGGCAGCCUGGUUUGUUUGGAGAGGGUUGCUCCCCUAAUGUGACCGUCUGCAACUCCCUUGGCAAAGAGAUAUCUCUGAUUUGCCCAUUUGAGCUGGUCUUCGACGAGUCUGUCGAAGAAUGCGUGGACUACCGAAUGAGCCCUAAUUGCACGUCGGAGGACGAGCAGGCACUCAAUGAAACAAUGAAGACACUUGCAGACCUGCCGAUUGGACUGUGCGAAAACUCAUCGGAAGGUUUCCAUGCUUUAACAGAUUGUUCUACGACUGUCAUUCGCUGUAUCUUAGGGAAGCCCAGCCUCAUGGAAUGUCCUAACGGUCAAGUCUACGAUAAAGAGAAAUCUCAGUGCGUUGAUCCAUCGGAUUUGGAUUCGUGCAAUUCUUCCGAAGAAGAAACUACUAUAGACUCCACUACUGAGGACUCGUCCAGCUCAAAUCCGAUACUAGGAAAUGCUCUGGGAGGAUGCGAAAAACUGGCCGACGGAUUUUAUGAGUAUGCGAAUUGUUCGUCUUACUAUAUGACUUGCUCUGGUGGCAUAGCCCGCAUUAUGAGAUGCCAGGACGACUUAAUCUAUGAUAGAUUAUUUGGUGUAUGUAGCAACGCAAGAGACGUGGGCGAAUGUGGUGCUCAAAUCGAAACAGCUGCUGAAAUCUGCAAAGAGGACGGCUUCUUCUCGUAUGGAAACUGCUCUGAUCUAUUUUACGCAUGUACAAAUGGACGUCAGAUUACUAUGCAUUGUCCUGCUAAUCUGGUAUUUGACGAGGCAAAGCAAUCAUGCGAGUAUCCUGAGACUGUUGCUGUAUGCUCUGAGAAUUCAAGCGGAUAUUCCGGAGAAGAGUCUGGCUUUGGUGAAGCGUCUGGAAAAGAAUCUGGCUCUGGCGCAGUGCCAGGAGAGGAGUAUGGCUCCGGUGAAAGUGAUUCGUCAUCCGGUGAAGUAUCUGGCGAGCACGCAAAAGACGCUUCUGGCGUGUUUUCUGGCGAAGCAUCAGGCGAAUACUCGGGCAAUGCAUUAGCAGAGUUUUCGGGCGAGUUCGCAGGCGAAUUUUCGGGAAAGGCAACAGGCGAUUUCGCAGGUGAAACUCAAGGCCAGUUCCGCGGUGAAGCGGCAGGAGAGAUCUCAGGCGAUUUCAGCGGUGAGGCCGAGGGUUAUUUCUCCGGCCAGUUUUCAGGAGAAUUUUCCGGUGAAGCUGCAGGACAAGAAAUUUCACGUCAGUUUUCUGGUGAAUUGAUCCAAGGAGAAUUCUCUGGCCAGCUUUCGGGCAAAUUUGUUGGAGAAUUCUCAGGAGAAGCUUCAGGCGAGUUUUCUGGUGAAUUCUCCGGCGAACUCGCAGGCAAAUUAGCUGGAGAGAUGUCUGGCGAUUUUUCCGGAGAAAUGGCAGGAGAAGUAUCGGGAGAACUAUCAGGAGAAAUCAUGCCAGGUGAAGGCUCUGGAGAUAUGAAAGCAUUUGAAGCAUUUUCGGGAGAGUCAUCCGGUGAUGGUUCCGGUGAGUCGUCUGGCGAAGCGUCUGGAGCCCACGAAACAACUACGCCGUUUUGA